CUUCCGGUAAAUGGUAUUGAAAAUGGCGCCGAAAACGAAUCCACUUUACUGUCAUUAAAAACAGCUGAUAACGUUCACAACCAUUUGUUUACUUUAUUUACAUUUUUAUAUUUCAAAUAAUAUAAAAAUUUCAUUUCAUUUAUAAAAAUAAAUAAUUAAUUUACACGCAAUUGAAAUAAAUAUUUCUUUAGAGGUUAAAAUAAAGAACAGAAUAUUUAAACAAAUUGUCAAUGCGUUAUUAUUGAAUAAUAACAAUAUUUUGAUAAAAAAUGACAGCGAAGGUGUAUCAACCUGAUCAAGAAUUAGAAACCAAAGUGAAGAAAGCAACUGAAAGAAUAUCUGAGAACAUGCACAUAGUAGCAAACGAGCCAUCGUUAGCAUUCUAUCGGCUUCAAGAGCACGUUAGAAAAGCUUUACCACCGAUGGUGGAAAAGCGAGUAGAAGUAUUGGCUCUUCAGCAACAACUUUUAGGUAGAUGCUAUGACGUGGAAUAUGGAGUUAGUGCGAUCAAAGGAAUGCAAAGUGCUGGAAAAAGUUUUGAAAAUACUUUGGAGUUUAUUAAAAAUGCUAUAUUCUUCAAGCAACAAUUGAAGUACGAAGAACAACGAAGGCAUAAAAAGGAUGGAAAUAGAGAUUCAGUUUACAAAAGACUUUCAGCACAUAUUCCUACAUUGGAUCAUUUACCAGAUGAGAUAUCCGAUGUUGUUAGAGAAACUGCGAAUAGAGUAGAAUCUAUGAUGAAUCAUGCUAGGCAUUCUGGAGAGUUACAAAGAACUAAUACCGUUCAUAAUUAAAAUGAGAACAAGAUUUUUUUUUUCUAUAUUCGCUUAGAAUUAAUUUUUCUUGUAAUUUAUUUUCUAUAACUCUACUUAGAAUUUUCUCCUAGCAUUUAAAUAACAAAUAUAAUAUUUAAUGAUCUAAUUGUUAAAUAAAAAUUAAAUAACGCGAAUAUAUCAUUUGAAAUUGUUGCUUAUAGAUGUUCGCAAGUGUUCCACACAUUGUAUUUAAUAUAUUAA